CACAAAGCCAUUCUGCUGCUUGGACCGUUCCAUUUCCUUCCUCAGUAGUAGACUCCUGAUUGUACUUUUUUAUCUUCAGUGAUAUCAGGUUCCUGCUUAAACAAGGGGCUGAAUUCCCAAGCAGAUCUUGCAGAUUCCUUAUGGGCAAAUGGAGAAAGGUAUAGAAAAUGCAAAAUCGUUUAUUUCUUGUUUAUCCCUCAAGGACCAACAUGCUUGCAGACUGGCUAAGUUUUCAAAUAAAAAAUGAAGCACCUUAAAACGACUACUGGAUAGGACUGAGCAAAUCUUCAGCGGUAUAGGUCCAGAAUGAAAUAUCAGAUGGCAAGGAGACAUCUGAUUUUUACUAUUGUGUUUCUGUUUUCCUGUUUUGGAAUAUUUGCAAUCAUGUUUGAGCUCCGUUUGAUGGAUUUCCACCCUUUUUGUUAUAAAAAAGAAGAAUUUGAGUAUUUCUUUGACUCCGGUACAGUAAACAGCACAUUUCUAAUGCUACCAAAAAUUGAUUGUAAAACAGAGCCCCCGUAUCUAGUGAUUUUAAUAACUACUACCCCCAAUCAGCAGAAGGCACGGAUGGCAAUCCGAGACACUUGGGGCAAAGAACGAUGGAUUGGAGAUAAACGUGUGGUGGCUUAUUUUCUUCUGGGUACUACACAGAUAGGCAGGAAAGAAGAAUAUAGUCUUGCAGUGGAAAGGCACAUGUAUAAAGACUUUAUUCAGAAAGAUUUUAUUGACGUAUACUCCAACUUAACCUAUAAAACACUGAUGGGACUGGAAUGGAUUAAUCAUUAUUGCCCCGAAACUAGUUUUGUUAUGAAGACUGAUACAGAUAUGUUUGUUAAUCCAGUUUAUCUUGUCCAAAAACUUUUAGAAAAAAAUCAAACUACUAACUUAUUCACAGGCUUCUUAAAACUAAAUGAAUUUCCUAUACGUAUCAAAUCAAGCAAAUGGUAUACAAGUAUAGAAGAAUAUCCAAAAGACAGAUAUCCUCCUUUUUGUUCGGGGACAGGAUAUGUAUUCUCAGUAGAUGUUGCUCAAAAGAUUUAUCAAAUUUCAGGAAUUGUACCAUUUUUUAAACUAGAAGACGUUUACAUUGGACUUUGUCUAGAAAAGAUAGAAAUUCGUUUACAGGAAUUUCACAACCAACAAUUAUUUUAUCCAGAAAAACCACCCUUUUCCGUUUGUAGUUAUCGAAAUAUUGUAACCUCCCAUGGCUUUCUACCACAUGAGAUACAGAUGUAUUGGGAAGCCAUGGAGCGAGCAGAUGAUGAAGAAUGCUGACAAAAAUAAUUAUAAUAAAUGAACAAAUUCCAAUAUGUAUUCUGAAAACCUGAAGUAUACUACCAGUUCGCAGUUUGGCAGAAAAAAUGUUUAACAAUAUUUUAAUUUUGUGAUAACAAGCAGACAUAUUACUGAAAUUGAGAUUUGGUAAUCAGAGGAAUCAAUUUGUCUGCGAAAUUAGAGCAAAAUUGAUGUUUACAACUUUAAUACAGAAUAAUUUUAUUUUUUAUAAAAAAUAAAUAAAUAAAAAUGGUGAUGGUGCCGAUCGUUGGUGAGUGGGAGCCAUUGCAGGGAGGCGGGUGGCGGCCAACUUUGCACAAGUUGUUUGUAAAUAAUUUCAUUGUGAAACCUAAAGUUUGUGAAAAAGUGGACGAUUUUUAUAUAAAAAAUAUAUGCAUUUCAAGAGAUACAUAUUCAGGGAUUCCUGACAGAUAUCAGUGUUCCAAUGUAACUAUCGCUAAUUUUGAAAAAGAAAAUGGUUUGGAAAUAGCAAAGUGCUACUUGUACUUAUUGCCCUAUAACUUGCAAAAAAAGCAAAGGACAUGUAAACAUUGGGGAUUUCUAAUUUCAGGACAAAAUUUAGAAACUAUUUAGAAUGGAAGUUUUUUGGUGGUUAUAGAUGUGUAACAGAAAGUUAGAAAAAGUGUGUUUUUUUUCCAUUUUUUUCAUCAUAUUUUAUAAAAAAUGUAUAGUAAAUUAUAAGAUAUGAUGAAAAUAAUAGUAUCUUUAGAAAGUCCAUUUAAUGGCGAGAAAAACAGUAUAUAAUGUGUGGGUACAGUAAAUGAGUAAGAGGAAAAGUACAGCUAAACACAAACACUGCAGAAAUAUAAAAAAUUGAAAAGUGCUCUGGUCACUAAGGGGUUAAUAAACUCUCUUUCUUUGUUUCUUUUGCCCACCUCUCAAGCACUUUCCCUUUUUUCCCCUAACCUUCUCUCUCUCCUGUCUAUUUCUAACCUUCUGUCUUUCCUACACUGUCCUGCCUCUUUCUCUCCUUUUUCCUCUUGCGUAUACAUUCCAUUUUUAUUCCCUCAUCUACUUGCAACUAGACUUAUAAUGAAUAAUUUGUUUCGGAUGAAUCAUUGGGAAUGAAGAUUCUGAAAAAUUUGUAUGCUGCACUAUUUGGUAUUUAGUUUGUUUAAAACGAACUAAAUACUGAAUAUUUGUUAAUAUUUAUAUUUGUUUUCAUUAAACGAAUAUAAAUGUUCUUUACGCCUGUCAGCUUGAUACUUACCUGUAGGGCAUUGGAGAGCUACGCUAUACACUCCAGGGCCGAGAUAAUUCUCAUAUUAGCAUGGCUCCCCAUCACGCUGCAGGUACAUUACCGCAGCAGAUCCCUUCUCAUUUAGCGGGGGGGGGGAGGGUGCUAAUCCUCCCCAUAUUCACAGUUUCCAUUGCCUAAUUCUCCUAUUAACACAGCAUGUCCCCCACCUGUUAAUGGAAGAAGAGGUUUAGCGCUAUAUACUUAAUUUAAGUCUAACAUAUAUAUUCAUGAAUUAUAUUCGUAAUUCUUUACAUGAGUUAGUGCAUUCAUUCGGAUAUUCAUUUGGUUAAAAUGAAAUUAAUAUCCGCACAUCCCUACUAUCAAUCAAAAUUAACUCACGUCUCCACUGGUUCCUGCAACUGCACAUCAAUGGCUGAUCCUUCAUAUUACUUUUGCAUAUAAGAUGCAAGAAAAAACUAAAAACUUAUUUCAAAAUAAAAAACAGGGCCACUAUAGUAUAUUGUCUGCAAUGUAUUUAAUAUGUCAGUGCUAAAAUGGUUAUAGUGAUUAGUGAAUGGAGUUGUUCAGUACAGUUAGCACAGUUUUUAAAUCUCUAUUUGAAAAGAUCAUAUUAACAACUUAUUUCUGAUUGUUUAUUAAUAUUUACAGAGAUCUCAAGUGUUAAGGUAUUUUUUACAAGUUGUGUAAAUAAUAAUUUGAAGAAAUCACCCGCUAAUGUUGUGUAUAUUUUCUAAAGAAUGAUAAUGAUAAAUUGUAAUAAAUCAUUGCAUUAUUUUUAA